AUGGAGGAGUUCCGCAAGCUGGUGCCCGUCCAUGGUACCCUGUUCGAUCGGGAUGCCCUUCUGGAGGUCAUCUACUCGCGCCAACACCGUCCGGAUGAUGACCUGUCUGUGCGCUACUACGCGCGGAUGCUGUUCCGCGAGAUCCAGCGAGAUGUCGUGCUGCUGCCCAUGUUCCGGGAGUACAUGCAGCGGCCAGUGCAGCAUCUGAACGUGCCCGAAGCCUUCUAUCUGAUGAGCCUCUGGAUGGUUCCGGAGCAAACCGACAACCGAGAGUCCAAUCUCCAUACUUGCUACAGCAAGAUCGCCGGCUUGGUGUUGGAUGAGCUGCGUGGACGGCUCCCCGAGCACCCGGCCGCCGCCUGGACUACGUGCAAGAAGAACCCGUUCGGACCCACGAUGUGGACGGAUGACCAGACGCUGAAGCUGCUGAACGCGAUGAACGUGGUGCUGUAUGACCAGCUGGCCCUGAUGAAGGAGGGCGGACCGGAGGACGGAUCGGCUUCCGAACUGAGCUCGCUGGUUAUGUACCUUCGUCGCCACCUCCACUCUGCGGGAUCCGGGACGCAGACUGUAAUGGGGACAGUGUACUCCUCUGUAGCCGGCAUGCUGGGCGUCAAUCUCCACAACGUGCAGUUACCGCACAGCUCGAUGAUCUGCUGGCACAAAGCGGACGGUGAAGAGUACCUGUUCAUCGACGUUGUCCGCCGCGGCAUGCGGCUGUCCUGGGAGCAGGUGCUGGAGGAGCUGAAUGCUGAUCACCGGGAAGUGGACCUCCAGAUGCUGGAACCCUUUCCCAGGGCAGGGCUGCUGCGUCGCCUCAUCAAUGGCGCAGUCCAUCCGGAUGCCCGCCGGCCAGGGACCGGCUUCGACCUGGUCUCGUUGGAGACGCUGGCGUGCUGGGCCCGCAGCGACUGCCGUCCGAACACGGCCGCAAUCGUUGACCUGAUGUCGACGAUGGCUCGUGCCCGGCCCAUGUACACGCGCCGCCUGUUGCAGCAAUUCGUCGAGACUAAUGGCUCGCUCGUGGCUGAGAACGAGAGGCGUGGUCUGGAAGCGCUCAUGAAACACUUCAAGAGGAUAUACAAGCGGCUGGUGCGCUCCCUAGACGAACAGGAGGCUGAAGUGCAGAAAGUGGUAAGAAUGAACUGGAUUUGA